AUGAUCAACUUUGCUCUAGUCACUGCCAUGGCCCUCGCCGCCGUCGCCGCCGUCGCCGCCCUCGCCGCCGCAGACAGCCCGUCCCUGUCACAGGCCGACGGCGGCAGGGCUCUUUUGAUAAGCAAGGAGAUGAGCAACUUCGAACGCCUGGAUCUAGAGGAGCCCUUGAACUGGGUGCCCGCCCAACACAAUCAGGUGCGUGACAUGUAUAAGGCGAGCCUCGACAAGUAUGACGCGGAUUCGUGGGCUCGAUACGUGCUUGAAAAAUGUUACUAA